CGUGAAACGCUGAAGAAACGUGUUGAAACUUCCCCGGAAGGUUUUUUCUAACGGACAAGAUGGACGUAAAAUGUUUUUAAUGUGUUGCUAAGGAGAAAUCAUUUUUAAAUAUUUAGUUAGUUUUAGCUUUAUUUAUCGUCGGAAUAGCUGAAUUAGUUGUAACGUUUGUAAAACUAUAACUUAAUAGUUACUAACGGUUACUGACGGAAAAGAGAAGGCAGCAAAACGUGACCUAUCAAAAUAAAAGCAGCAUGGCACUGCUGGAAAAUAAAAGCUCAGAUGCUGCUGAUAAUAAUAAAAUAACAUCACGUGAAGAAGAACAAGAAGUGGAGUUGAAAGAUGUAGUUUCUGCUGCUAGAGUUUUAUCCCAGGAGGAGCUGCAGAGACUGGGCAGUGAGAAGACUCUGGUGUCAGACUUCAAGCAGAUGAAGUUGGAGAAAGAAGCUCAGAAAAACUGGGAUUUGUUUUAUAAAAGAAACACAACCAAUUUCUUCAAGGACAGACACUGGACCACCAGAGAGUUUGAAGAGCUGAAAGCAUGCAGAGAGUUUGAGUCUCAGAGGUUGGUGCUGCUGGAGGCCGGAUGCGGAGUAGGGAACUGCAUCUUCCCUCUGCUGGAGGACGACCUCAACAUCUUCGCUUACGCCUGUGACUUCUCACCACGAGCGGUUGAAUUUGUCAAACAAAACCCUCUGUACUGCCCCGAGCGCUGCUGUGCCUUCCAGUGUGAUUUAACCAAAGACGACCUGAGGGAUAAUGUGCCAGAGAGCAGCGUGGACGUCAUCACGCUCAUCUUCGUCAUGUCGGCCAUCCAUCCAGACAAGAUGAAGCUGGCGUUGCAGAACAUCAGCAGGGUGCUGAAGCCCGGAGGCAUUGUCCUGUUCAGGGACUACGGCCUGCACGAUCACGCCAUGCUCCGAUUUAAAGCCGGCAGCAAACUGGGGGAGAACUUCUACGUCCGACAAGACGGCACCAGGUCCUACUUCUUCUCUAAAGAGUUGCUGGCUGAGCUGUUUGAGGAGACGGGUUUCCAGUCUGUCACUAACGACUACGUCCUGAGAGAGACGGUCAACAAGAAGGAGGGCCUUUGUGUUCCCAGAGUCUUCCUGCAGAGCAAAUUCACCAAACCUGCCCCGUCACACAGCUCCUGAUGAUGCUUAUAGAUCUCCAGAUGUGUGGAGAAACACAAGACUGAAUACUAUGAUUAUAUUCCUUGAGAGGAAGGAGGAAGCGUACAGGAGGAUGCUGGAUGUGAAUUCUUCUUCUUCUUUUCUUUCUGGUAUGACAUUACACCAGCUGUCCAGAAGAGAGUGCAGUUGGUCAUUUAGAGAGAAAAGAAAAACAAU